AUGACGGCCGGCCGAUCUUCCCAGUUCAGGAAUUUCGGAGGAAUCAUCCAGACCAAUAGGUCCACUCCAGCAAAUCCAAAAAAUCCUAAAAAACGCAGCAGAACUCAACGGACAUGGAUCUACAGGGCAGCAGUGGGGGGUUUGGUGCUGCUUUGUCUUCUCCAGCUGAUCCUCAUCAUCACCUUACGCUCAGCUUCUUCCACCAGGCCUACAAACACCCUUUCCAACCUGGAGCAGGUUCUGGAGCACGGCUGGUCCUACUUCAACUACAGCCUUUACCAGCUGUCCAACAAGACGCUACCCUGGAGUGAGGCCAGAGAGCAGUGCAGGAGCAAGCGAGCUGAGCUGGUGAUCAUCAACACCAAAGAAGAGCAGGACUUCAUCCAGAGCAUCACGCGUAACCAGUACAUCUGGGUGGGUUUGACCAGUGACUGGAAAUGGGUGGAUGGAACUCCUGAGACUGGAACCAUUUGGGAUGGAAGAUCACUAAAAAGUGAGUGUGUGUUGUUUGGUAAAAGCCUGUAUAACACACUCUGCAGUGAUAAACGUUCUUGGAUUUGUGAGAAACUAGUUUAUCGUCGAUAAACUCUGAGAUUAGUUUGGAUCGGAAAAAACGCCACAGAGUUAAACAAGAAUUACACAAUGCGAUGUUUAUGUUUAUGCCAUGCAUUU